GAGAGAGAGAGAGAGAGAGAGAGAGAGAGAGCAACACUAUUACAACCAAGUCAAACAACAGCUAGCCACGGACGGAAGGCUGAGAUUGUGUGUGAGAGAGAGAGAGCGAGAGCGAGAGGGUCGAGGAGAGCAAGAAGAGAAGGUGACAGAGAGGCCAUUACGUUCCACUGGCCUCUGUAAUAAAUACGAAAUACAUACGGUAAAAAUACUGAACUCGGUUCUACAGUGCAUGUCCGUUAUUUGAAGCGUAUUUGACCCGGGGAGCACAAGAAGGUGGAAACACAAACCUGACUGAAGAUGGAAGGGAUGGCAUACGGAGCGGGGAAGGCUGGGGGAGCCUUCGAUCCCGUAACGUUUUUCCAGCAGCCCCAUACUAUUCUCCGAAUCGUGUCUUGGCUAUUCUCCAUUGUGAUAUUCGGCUGUAUCGCCAACGAGGGCUACGUAAACCGGCCCAACGAAGUGGAGGAGUUCUGCAUCUUCAACCGCAACCAGAACGCCUGUAACUACGGCGUCACCAUGGGCACCUUGGCCUUCCUGUGCUGUGUGGCCUUCCUGGCGCUGGAUGUCUACUUCCCCCAGAUCAGCAGCGUCAAGGACCGCAAGAAGGCCGUGCUGGCUGACAUCGGGGUGUCCGCCUUCUGGUCCUUCAUGUGGUUCGUCGGCUUCUGCUUCUUAGCCAACCAGUGGCAGGUCGCCAAGCACGAGGACAACCCCCUGAGGGAGGGCGGUGACGCAGCCCGGGCAGCCAUCACCUUCUCCUUCUUCUCCAUCUUCACCUGGGCGGGCCAGGCCUUUCUGGCAUACCAGAGGUACAAGCUGGGGGCGGACUCCGCCCUCUUCUCCCAGGACUACGUCGACCCCAGCCAGGACGCAGCCGCCGCCCCCUACAGCGCGUACACCAGCGGUGGCGACCUGGAGAGCCCCCCCAGCGGCGGCUCCUACCAGCAGCCCAACACAGAGGCUGCCUUUGACGGCUCUGCGGGAUAUCAGCGCCAAGACUACUGAGGAAGGG